AUGUUCUCACGCCGCGCCCUUGCCAAUGCGCGCCCCCUUCUCCGCGACCGUCUCCGCCCCCCUCGCUCAUCACCACAAGCCCAAACCACCACCCGGAGCUCCUCCACCGAGGCGAAGAACAAGCGCGUAACCCGAAUCCUCAACCGCCUUCCACCCCGCCUGCAAAAAUACACCACCGCCCUCCGCAGCGCCCCCGUCUCCCACAUAGUCGCCUUCCUCGUCCUCCACGAAAUCACCGCCGUCGUGCCCCUCCUCGCCCUCUUCGCCCUCUUCCACUAUACCGCGAUUGCCCCCCUCGACUACGUCACCGACCACUGGGCCUCUCACGUCCGCGACGGCGCCGCCAAGGCGGAGCGGUACUUUACCCGUAAGGGCUGGUUCGGCUUCGGACGCGACGACAGGCACAAGGACCACCACGACGACGACGACGACGCAGGACCGACGGUAGGGGGACAGGCGACGGGAGGAAUACACAACGGUGGCGCGGCUGCUUCUGCUUCUGCUUCCACUGCUACAUUGUCGGGCGCCUGGGCUGCUGGAACCCACGCGGGCGAGACGCACGUCGCCAGCAAGCGGUGGGCGAAAGAUGGACAGGCCGAGGCGGCGAGAGAGACACGCGACGUGCUGGAGCAGUGGCGCCGCGAUGAUGCCCGGUACAAGGUCGUUGUUGAAGUCGCGCUCGCCUGGGCUAUCACCAAGGCGCUGCUGCCCGCACGUGUCCUCGUCAGCGUUUGGGGGACGCCUUGGUUCGCUGCCGUGAUGCUGCGGGCGCGGAAUGCGCUCCGAAAACGAAAACGGUAG